UUGCUUGCGCAAUCUCCACGAAGAGCUGAUUGCAAUCUAACGGAAAGAUAUUGCAAUAUGAAAUUGUUUCAUUACCUGAGGCAAUGUUCGGUGAGAGAAAAGUGGGAGAGAUUUAAGAAACAACCUCAUAGUCAGCAGCUUUUGGAACGGGGUGCUACUAUUGUAGCACAAUGGUUCCAAUCCCAAAAAGAUGUAUUUUAUUCGUUUGUAAAAGCGUCACUAGAUAAUAUCGCAUUAGAAGUAUUGAAUUACCUCAGAGGAAAACACCCUGACCAUUCAAUAUUUUCGAUUUCUGCUGAAAAUUUUGCCUACUGGAAAAACAACAACAUCGACGAUAAUCAUUGGGAUGAAAUGGAAGGAACGCAAAUUAUGGAUGCACUCGAGGAAUAUAUAUUUGACAUAUUAAACUUUAAACCAAACAAAUCGAAAAACACAGAUUUGGAAUACAUGUGUAUAGAUAAUGUCUUAGAAAAUAAAUAUGGCCAAGAAAUAGUUAUAUUAAUAAUAUAUCACAGUGUGGCGAGGAGACUUGGCCUACGUUGCGAUAUAACAAAGAUGCCAUAUUGCUCCCGUAGAUAUAUAUUUUGGAAACCAAAAUAUGCUACGAGUAGUUUAGAAGAUGCAAGAUCUUUUAGCAUAAGUUUUAACACAUUCCCGGAUUGUCUGGUCGAGCAACGGUGUUCUAGAGAAUCUUUGUUAGCUGUAACAGCUAACGAGAUACUGCUGGACAUGCUAGAAAUACUUUUAGAUUUAGAAUGGCGUAAUAACACUUUAAUGGUUACCCCGCAGGAAAUGGAAUUUGGAUUUCACGUCUGGAAUGCUAUAACUAAAACAACACCGAAAUGGAUCGAUAAUAAUGAAAUAGGGCGCUACUUUUGUAAAUUUGAAGGCACGCAUUAUGUGCCAAACGAAAUGCUGGCGAGGUAUUACCCACAUGAUGCCGCUAUAACUGCAAUAACAUCUGACGAUUAG